GGUCCCGGCGCGGGGGCGACGGGCGCAGACGGGUCGGGCGCGCCGGGGACCCCGGGCCGGGCCGGGCCGAGUGAGCACAAUCCAUUUUGCGGUCGAUAAGCGAAUAAGGUCGUUAGAGAAACAGCCCGGGCCGCCAUGGGCUCCGUGGGCAGCCAGCGCCUUAAGGAGCCGGGCACGGCGGGCAGGAGCGUGGUGACGAGCUUCAGCUUCGACAGCUGCCCGCUGGAGGAGGAGGUGGCCGCAGGGGCAGCUCGGGGCCGGGACGGAGCGGCCAGGGGCGCCCCGAUUCUCACGGACUCUGAGGGGCCGGCGCCCGACGACCGCUACCACGCCAUCUACUUCGCCAUGCUGCUGGCGGGCGUGGGCUUCCUACUGCCCUACAACAGCUUCAUCACCGACGUGGACUACCUGCACCACAAGUUCCCAGGGACCUCGAUCGUGUUCGACAUGAGCCUCACCUACAUCCUGGUGGCCCUCGUGGCCGUGCUGCUCAACAACGCGCUGGUGGAGCGGCUGAGCCUGCACACGAGGAUCACGGCCGGCUACCUCCUGGCCUUGGGCCCCCUCCUUUUCAUCAGCGUCUGCGACGUGUGGCUGCAGCUCUUCUCCCGGGACCAGGCCUAUGCCGUCAACCUGGCCGCGGUGGGCACCGUGGCCUUUGGCUGCACAGCAAUCCAGCUUCUACGGGUACACGGGGAUGCUGCCCAAGCGGUACACCCAGGGCGUGAUGACCGGAGAGAGCACGGCGGGCGUCAUGGUGUCCCUGAGCCGCAUCGUCACCAGGCUGCUGCUGCGGGGCGAGCGGGCCAGCACGCUCACCUUCUUCCUGGUCUCCGCCGGCCUCGAGCUGCUCUGCUUCCUGCUGCACCUGCUGGUCCGGCGCAGCCGCUUCGUGCGCCACCACACGGUGCGGCCCCGCGACGGCCCCGCGGGCCCCGGGGGCUACCGCGUGCACCACGACGUGGCCGCCGGGGACGUCUGCUUCGAGAGCCCAGGCCCGGCGCUGGCCAACAGCGGGUCCCCGAAGGACAGCCCGGCCCACGAGGCGACGGCCGGCGAGCGGGGAGCCUACACGCGCUUCGACGUGCCUCGGGCGCGCGUGGAGCGGAGCUGGCCCUCCUUCCGCGCCCUGCUGCGGCACCGGUACGCGGUGGCCCGCGCCAUCUGGGCCGACAUGCUGUCCAUCGCCGUGACCUACUUCAUCACGCUGUGCCUGUUCCCCGGCCUCGAGUCCGAGAUCCGCCACUGCGUGCUGGGCGAGUGGCUGCCCAUCCUCGUCAUGGCCGUGUUCAACCUCUCGGACUUCGUGGGCAAGAUCCUGGCGGCACUGCCCGUGGCCUGGCGGGGCACGCACCUGCUGGGCUGCUCCUGCCUGCGCGUGGUCUUCAUCCCGCUCUUCAUCCUGUGCGUCUACCCCAGCGGCGCGCCCGCCCUGCGCCACCCCGCCUGGCCCUGCGUCUUCUCCCUGCUCAUGGGCAUCAGCAACGGCUACUUCGGCAGCGUGCCCAUGAUCCUGGCCGCCGGCAAGGUGGCGCCCCGGCAGCGGGAGCUGGCAGGGAACACCAUGACCGUGUCCUACAUGACGGGGCUGACGCUGGGCUCGGCCGUGGCCUACUGCACCUACAGCCUCACCCGGGGCGCCCACAGCAGCUGCCUCGAGGCCCCCGCCGCCAACGCCUCCCUCCCCGCCGGCCUCUGAGCCGAGGCCACCCUGCCCGCCUGCGUGCCUGCGGGCCCGGCCUCCUCCCGUGCCAAUGCCGCCACCUCCCGGGCCCACCCGCCCAUCACUGCGGCCCCGGCUCCCGCCACGGUCUUGGAGCCUCGACGUGACUGACCGGACUCGCCCACACUGUGCCCUCGGCUGCGUCCGUGCUCUGAGUCUCAGCCGUCCCGCUGGGAGAGCCGUCACCAGCCAGUGUCCCUCCUGCGACCCCACCCCCAGGUCAGCUCUGAGGGCCCCCUUCCGUCGCCCCAAUCACAGCGUCACCGCCCCGAGCCAGCCCUUCACCUGGGCCCUCCGCCCCCAGCCUUAGCCCUGGCUGUCCUGGGCCCCGGGUCUGAGUGUCAGACCACGGUCUGUGCCGGCCUGGACACCCGGACCCCUCCCUCACCCGGGCCCCACCUGAUGCCACAGGCCUGGGGGUCCGCCUGCCCCAGGACCUGCUCCUCCGUCUGAGUGGGGGCCCACCCCUGGCUGAAGUCACCUCCAGCCCUAAGCCUUGACCCCCAUCCAGCAAAGCCCAGGAGGGGCCCGCGUCCCUGGCAGGCAGAGUCUCCCCCAGGAGAGUCUCUCCUCUGGGGCUCCAGGUUGGCUCAGUACGAGUUAAGGGGACUCGGGGUGUCGGCCCGCCCUCCACACCCACCACACUGCGUGGCAAUGCCCCCGCUGGGUCCCACCCCGUCUGUCACUCACUGUACCGCACUGGCCAUUAAACGACGAA